AUGGGCGAGUCACAAUGUUCUAAAAUCUCUACAGGUGUGCCACGGAAAGUAGGAUUCAGGCUGAACGGUCAUUUGUCAUAUAAGAUGAACAAGGCCGUGCUCAUCUGCUGCGUCGCCGUUAUGGCGUUCUGUGCCAUCAUCGAUGAAAAUGGUUAUGCGUGUGCAUAUUAUGUUGAUAAUCAAUUACGUCCAUGUCCA